AUGUUUCGCGCCCGCCGCUACCGCGUCCUGCUCGUUUUCGCCGCGGUCUUCCUCCUAACAACUCUCCAUUUCGCCCGGUCGCGCGAUUGGAGCCAGACCGCUGUGAUCGAGACCCCGGGUGGCGACCAUUCGUCACAAGCGGCCGUUUCGAACGAAAAUCUACCUAAACCGCAAGCCCCGGCAGAGGAUAGCAGCAAAUCUCCGCCCCCAACUGUACCGAAUAGCAACACCCCUCCGUAUCCGCCGCAGAAUGAGUUCAAGUCGCCCGUCGGACCGGGUAGUGCGAAGAAUGAUAAGACUAAAGAGCUUGGAUCUACGUCUGGAUCGACUGCCUCCGAUAAUACCCCACCGAAGUCUCCAGGCACCGGAAGCUCGGACAGCUCGGAUGAUAAGAAGCUUGGAAGCAGCAGCAAGCCCAUAAUCAUAGGCGAAUCGAUUGAUAACCUUCCCGAGGAAAUUGACCACGGCGGUACUGGCAGGUUGUCGGUUCAGGAGCACCCCAAUGGCCCCGCUGCGCACUGGGUCAAGACACCCGAGCGAUUCCCCGUUGCACCGGGUGAAUUGAUCACUCUUCCCAAGGAGGCAUCGAAGGCCAUGCCUAAGCUCCAGGCCAAAGCCAAGGAUGAGACCAGUGAGGACAAGCAGGAGCGGCUGCAGCGAUUGAGCGCCGUCAAGGCCGAGUUCAAGCACGCUUGGGCCGGGUAUAAGGAAGUUGCAAUGGGACACGACGAGAUUAAACCUCUUACGGAGAGUUUCGACGACCCGUUCAAUGGCUGGGGUGCGACACUGAUUGAUUCGCUGGAUACUCUGUGGAUCAUGGAUUUGAAGGACGAGUUUUCAGAGGCUAUUGAUGCAGUCAAGAAGAUUGACUUCACUACCUCUCCCCGAGAGGAUAUCCCCGUGUUUGAGACUGUGAUCCGCUAUCUGGGAGGCCUGCUCGGUGCCUAUGAUAUUUCUGGUCAGAAAUACGAGGUUCUCUUGGAGAAGGCCGAGCAGUUGGCCGAGGUUCUGAUUGGUGCCUUUGACACGCCGAACCGCAUGCCCGUUCUAUACUACCGCUGGACUCCUGCCCACACUAAGCGCCCUCACCGGGCUUCAGCCAAGGCCACCUUGGCUGAGAUUGGAUCCCUGUCUCUGGAGUUCACCCGUUUGGCUCAAUUGACGAAGCAGGACAAGUACUACGAUGCGAUUGCGCGUAUCACCAACCGAUUGGAAGAAUUCCAGGAUUCGACCAACAUUCCGGGCUUGUGGCCUGUGCGAGUGAAUGCACAGGGCUGUGCCAAGUACAGACCUAGUCGGGAUGCUGCCAUGCCUCUGGAGGACGACUUUGAAGAGCCUGUCCCGACAAAUACUACAUCCUCGAUCGUGGCUACAUCUACGCCUUCGUCUUCGCGCACCCAUAAGCCAUACGCUGCCCCGACUGAUCUCGAGAGUUAUAUCCGCUUGAUCCAGCGUGAUGAUACCGAGAUCGAUCUCUCGGAAGCAGAGCUUGCACCGUAUAACCGCGGCGGUAACAGCGCUAGCAGUGCCAGUAGCGAUAGUACGAUCAAGGUUACCUCUGAAGACUCGACCUCCACUGAGAAGUGUGAUGGUGGCCUAGAGCUCCCUCUAUCACUCCGUGAUAACAAGUAUGGUCUUGGCGGAUUGGCUGACUCUACCUACGAAUAUCUGCCAAAGGAGUACCUUAUCCUCGGCGGCGCGAAUGACCAGUACAAGAAGAUGUACAAGAAGGCGAUUGACGCAGCUCGGAAGAACCUUCUCUUCAAACCCAUGGUCAAGGGCGAGCGGGACCUGCGUUUCAUGGCGACUACCGGCUCGCUUGAUCCCACCAAGCCUGGCGUCCUUGCUCCUGGGGACAUUGAAUACGAAAGCACCCACCUGAGCUGUUUCCUCGGUGGCAUGGUUGCCAUGGGCGCAAAGGCAUUCAGCAUUGAGGGUGAUCUCGAUCUGGCCGCCAAGCUGACCGAUGGUUGUGUUUGGGCCUACGAGUCGACCAACACCGGGAUCAUGCCCGAGCGCUUCCGCCUGUUGCCCUGCAGCAAGGACAAGUCUUGCGAGUGGGAUGAGAAGCUCUACCAGGCCGAUGUUAAGCGAUACUCGCACGUCAUCGACUCGGAGGCUGAAGCGCGAUUCCGCACUGGUGAGAGUACCUACGGCCAGCGAGUCAAGUUGAAUACCGAUUACAAGCCCCAAGAGGCCGGUGAGGGCGGCAUCGCUGUGCCCUUGCCCAUGCCCGGUUCCAUGAAUCCGCAUGAUAGCGACCCCGCCUACAACAAGCGGGAUGCUGUCACGGCCGGACGGGGCGCAGCAGAUCCAGCCCCCAACCGCGAGGCGCCCCGCCCAGCUUUCGUAUCGCAGUCCGAGGGCAAUGAGAUCAACGAUCGUCUGCCCUCUGGUAUGACCAGCAUCUCGGCACCAGAGUACUUCCUCCGUCCCGAGGCUAUCGAGUCCGUGUUCAUCAUGUUCCGAUUGACUGGCGAUGAUGCCUGGCGACGGAAGGGAUGGAAGAUGUUCGAAGCCAUCACCAAGUAUACGCGGACGGACCUGGCGCACGCCGGCAUUAAGGAUGUCACGGCGCCAAAGCCCGCGCAGAAGGAUGCGAUGGAGUCUUUCUGGACGGCGGAAACGCUGAAGUACUUCUACCUUCUCUUCAGCGAUCCCAGUGUAGUGGACUUGGAUAAAUAUGUGCUAAACACCGAGGCGCAUCCCUUCCAACGCCCGGUUUCAUGA